ACCACCGCCCGCCGGCCGGCACCGCGACUCAGCACACAGCGUGCCCCAGCUGGAAUGUUCUGAGGGAGCGGCUCGCUGACCGGUGAGUCGGUAUGCUCCUGUCCGUGCUGGCCGCUCGGCGCCGGCCACCGCUGGCCGUGCCGCUGGUCCUGCUGGUGGCCCUGCUGCCCGGCCCCGCUCUACCGUCCCCGCCCGACAGCGCCGAACCCCGAGUCGUCCGGCUGGAGGGCGACCUCAUGUUCGGCGGCCUGUUCCCGAUGCACGAGCACAUCAGUCGCGGCGACCAGGCGCACUGCGGUAAAAUCAAACAGGAGAAGGGCAUCCAGCGUCUGGAGGCGAUGCUCUGGGCGGUGGACGAGAUCAACCGCGACCCGCGCCUGCUGCCAGGGAUCCGGAUCGGGGUGCGGAUCCUGGACACGUGCAGCAGCGGCACGUACGCCCUGGAGCAGUCGAUGGAGUUCGUCAGGAGCAACAUGAACCAGGGAUCCGGCGCCGCCUCCGUGUGCGAGACGAACGCGACGCGCCCCAGCCCGGUGUCCGGCGUGAUUGGCGCCGCGUUCAGUGACGUCAGCAUCAACGUCGCUAAAAUUCUGCGCUUAUUCAAGAUCCCGCAGAUCAGCUACGCAUCCACAAGUACGGAGCUGUCGGACAAGACUCGGUUCGAGUACUUCUCGCGCGUGGUGCCGCCCGAUUACCUGCAGGCACAGGCCAUGGUGCACGUGGUCCGCGCACUGGGCUGGAAAUACGUCAGCACUGUGGCCGUGCAGGGAGACUACGGCGAAAAGGGUAUACUGUCGUUUGCCAAUCUCGCCACACGGGAAGGCAUCUGUGUGGCCAUUGCGGAGAAGAUCGAGAGGAAGGCUCGCCGGGAAGACUUUGACCGCACUGUGGCGCGGCUGGCCACCAAACCCGGCGCUCGAGGAGUCAUCAUGUUCGUGGACGAGGACAACAUCAGGAAGCUGCUGGCGGCGGCGGUGCGGGCCAACGUGUCCAGCCGGUUCCUGUGGGUGGGCAGCGACUCGUGGGGUGCCAAAGCGCACCCGGUCAGAAACCUGGAACGGGUGGCCGAGGGUGCCAUCACCAUUCUGCCGCAGCGUACGCUGCUCUCAGGGUUUGACGUGUACUUCAAAUCUUUGAGACCCUGGCUCAGGCCCGAGGAUUGUAAAAACAAGCGACGAAAAUCAAAGGCAAACUGCCGAAAUGUUUGGUUCAACGAAUUCUGGAGCCAGGCUUUUAACUGCACGUUUGAUGCGAGAAAAGUGGGUGUCAAGAGGUGCACUGGAAAAGAAAAGCUGAGCAAAUAUCGCCAGGAGGGGCUGGUCCCGUUUGUAGUGGAUGCCGUGUACGCGCUGGCUCACGCGCUCCAUAACAUGCUGCUGGCUCGCUGCGGAUCAGUGCGGCUCUGUAACGCCGUGCAGCCGGUGCCCACCGGCCGAGAGCUGCUGGAACACAUCCGGAACGUCUCCUUCAUCGGAAAACAGAAGCGUCAAGUUCGCUUUGACGAGAACGGCGACGCCACUGGUUUCUACGACAUAUACCAGUUUCAGAAGCGCGGCGAGAAGUACGAGUACUACAAGAUUGGACAGUGGAUCGAAAGUCAGAGCAACAUCAGCACUUCGUCUCUGCAGUGGCCAGGAGGAACGAGUCAGAUUCCCCCGUCCAUCUGCAGCCGGCCGUGCCCGCGGGGCAUGAUACGCAACUUCCAGAACGCGUGCUGCUGGAGCUGCGUCAAAUGUCCGGAGGGCGACCGUAUCGACAACGACACGUGCGUGGAGUGUCCGCUGGGCCACCUGCCGACGGCCGACUACCGCUCGUGCUACCGGCUGCGGGCCGAGCACCUGGCCUGGCGCUCCGGCUGGGCGCUGGUCCCGCUCGUCUUCAGCAGCCUCGGCCUGGCGGCCACCCUGCUCACCGCCGCCGUGUUCCUGCGCUUCAACCAGACGCCCGUGGUGAAGGCCUCCGGCCGCGAGCUGUGCUUCGUGCUGCUGGGCGGCAUCGCCGUCUGCUACGCGAUGCCGUUCGUGCUGCUGGCCAAGCCGUCGGUGGUGUCGUGUGCGCUGCUCAGGAUCGGACUGGGCCUGUGUCUGAACAUCUGCUACAGCGCGCUGCUCACCAAAACCAACAGGAUUUCUCGGAUCUUCAAUAUGGGAACGAAAACAAUAAAAAGGCCAUCGUACACGUCUCCAAAGUCGCAAAUUGUGAUAUGCUUGGGCCUGGUCUCAGUGCAGCUGAUCGGCAUCAUCAUCUGGCUGAUCCUAGAGCCUCCCUCCACCAAGGAGGUCUACCCGGACCGGCGGACGGCCGUCCUCACCUGUGGCAUCAGCAGUCUCUCGCAGGUGGUCUCCCUAGGCUACAACAUGGUGCUCAUCAUACUCUGCACCUGGUACGCCUUCAAGACGCGCAAGAUACCCGAGAACUUCAACGAGGCCAAGUACAUCGGUUUUACCAUGUACAGCACGUGCAUCGUGUGGCUGGCCUUCGUGCCCAUCUACGUGACGACGCGGAAUGAGUACAAGGUCCAGCUGGCCAGUCUGUGUAUCUGCGUCAAUAUCAGCGCCACAGUGGCACUGCUCUGCCUCUUCAUGCCCAAGCUGUACAUCGUGCUGUGCCAGCCGUACAAGAACGUACGGCAGCUGGGCACCAACAACCAGAGCUGCACGGGCCGCGGCGCGAUGCGGUUCACGCGCUCUCACCAGCUGCCGACGGCCACCUCUCACCUAAGCCAGCUGACGGCGGCCGUGGCGUCGGUGCCGUCGGCGGCCGCCAACGGGCUGCCGUCGGCUCCCGAGGCCAGCUGAGGGUGCGCCCGGGGGCCGGACGGAGCGGCGCGCCCGCUGCCGGCGGCGCGCAGCCUCGACGGCCUCCUCGAGCGGCUCGAGAAACUCGAACUGAGCGAGAGCGUCAAACGCGGCGCCGGCGUGUUCUUCGGCGACGGCACCACCGAGACGGUGAUACAGCACGAGGUGGUCUGGAUCUGACCGGGCCGGGCCCGGGGAGGCGAUGGAGCCCGCUCCUGGAUCGGGUAUUGCCCCGUGUAAAGAACUGGCUCUGAGACUGAGUGACCAGCUCAGCGGUGGAUGUGACAAAGGCAGUGGUGAUUUUAACGUGUUUUUCGUCAAUUUUGCGAAGUGUUCAUUCGUCUUACGAACUUACGAACUGUUCAUGUUCGGAAUAGGUGCUCAUGUAAGAUACCGUUUCAACCUCAAGUAUCACAGCCGCAUGGGAUCGACCAAGCCGCUCUGAUCAUUCAUCAAACUGUGAGUGUCGUGUUCUGAUCGUACUAAGCUCCAUGAUCAGCAAUGAGCUGCCGAGUUGCUGAUUUCCACUCGACUUUUGUCCUCACCAUCGUACUCGCCAGCUCACACAAACUCUCUUGCUCGCUGGUAUAACUCCUAGUAAGAGGGCUAUAUCUGGAUCUCCUCGCAUCUGCGUAGAGUCCGAUGGGCUCAAGUGGCAUCACCUACCCAUCCUUCAGCUUCCGUUCUAGUGCGGAGGCCCGGCGGAGCGUCACGAGGACGAUCCACCAGGGACCCAGCGGCGGCGGGGCGCUCACUGCUCCCACUAGCGGCACCUCAGUGCUGCCGCCUGGGCCGCCCGCGCACCCCGCCGUCGCCGCUGAGCCCUGCACUGGUCCCUGGUCGACUCCCGCUCGCGGCCCCCGGGCCUCCUGCACCGGACUGGAGCUGUGGCUGCCCUGCGGUGGCCGGUCAUAUCACUGCAGGCAGGGUGAGUGGGAUGUGUGAUAGGCUCCCCUAAUGCCACAAUAGCGAGUGUCCACAGCAACUGAUCGAACAGAUCGAGCCGUAUUACAUAAAUCUCAAGCUGAGGCGCUCCGAGGAGCGCCAUAUGAACCAGGAAUAAAGUUACUGGUGAUCAUUCUUCCCCUCUCCUUGCUCAUGCUUCCCUGUCCAGGCUACCGGUCGCCCCACCAGACAACUAGUAGAGAGCACACCAAAAGCUGCAUCCACAUAAUCCUCCGGGUCGAACACUCCCGUCCCAACGGAGUGAGCCGAGCUGCUGUGACGCAUCAGUCCACACUCCACGGUCAACUCAGUCCAACGUCUCACUCCUAUUCCAUUUUCACAUGGGUCUGAAGUGGUCUCAACAGACCCCAAGCGCUUAAACGAACAAAACUAUGAGACAGAAAGGGAGUAUCAUCAUCUCAUUAUGAUAAAAACAAACAACGAGACCACUUCUACUUAUUAGCUCUUACCAGGCAGCUUUUUCAAGCUGCGAAAGGACAAGCUAUUAACGUGGUAGCUAUAAUGCCUAUGAUAAGAUCUUGGUACCCCGGAUGUAUGUGGCAGUUGAAGUGGCAAAGGUGUGAUCGUGUGAGAUUGAGAUGUAUUUUGAAAGAUAUGAUUGCAUGGCAAAGUCGAUUAACUAGUCCUUGUGUCAGAUAUGAGUGUGUAAGCAAUGAGCAUUACAUUUGUCUAAUAUGUGUAUUCAGCUGUUCUUACGGUUCUGUCAUUGUGCGAGAGUUUAUGUGUUUGUUGUUUGAUGAACUAAGUACAUGGUCUCAUUGUUCAAAAUAUUUCCGCACGGGACAUAUUGUACAACGGUGCGAGUGAUAUUCCUCGUGUGACAAUGUUCAUUUCGUUCAUCCAUCGCCCAAAGCACGACUCUCAAUGUUGAAUGGUGCAAUGGUGCAUCCUAUACCAUGUCAGGACCUUUUAGGUAAUCGAUUUGGUCUUUAAUGACCCCAGUGCUGGGGUCACGCAUUUAAAAUAAAAAGACGAAUGCAAGUACGGAUGCCUACCUAUGUGAAUCAGACUGUGACAGCGGUGCCCCGUGCCGAUUGAAGUCACAGACUGGAUAAGGCAGAAGACACUUUGUAUAAAUACGAAGUGCGUUCGUAGAAGUGGGAUAAUGAUAAUUUAGCUUUCAAUCAAGUGUCCAUCACCGCCAGCACCACAAAGUCACACGCGGAAAUAAAGACCAGCGAAACUGUG